GUGUGUAAAUCAAACCGUCCUGUCGUUUCUCUCCAUUUCUUUCUUUGUUUCUUUUUAUCUUUACAAACAAAUGUUCCUGAGUGUUCAAAGUUAUUUCAUAAGUUUCGACUUUUAUUUCUUCAAUCCGGUCAAAAACCAGAUCAGAGUGAAUUUAUUGAUCAUCAAACCAUAAUCUUUCUACUGCUAUUACAGAAUCUACCAGAUGUUCGUCAAAAAAUUAGUGGAGAAGGCUUCAAAAAAGCCUGGAGGAGGAAGCUUGAGCAGUUUGAAGUCUGAUGACGUAAACCCACGUCUAGUCUUCCAUUAUGGGAUUCCUGCAGGAGCAAUUAAACUGGCUUAUGAUUCCAUUCAAAACAUACUUGCAAUAUCCACCAAAGAUGGUCUAAUCAAAUUACUCGGCAAAGAUAAUACUCAAGCUAUACUGGAAUCCAGUGACCCAAUUCCUAGCAAGUUUCUGCAGUUUAUUGAGAAUGAACGAGUUCUUAUAAAUGUAACGGCCCAAAACCACAUUGAGGUUUGGGAUGUAGAGAGGAAGCAAUUAUCUCAUGUGCACAAAUUUAAACAAGAGAUUACCGCUUUCACUGUCAUUCAGCAUACUUCUUAUAUCUACAUUGGAGAUUCCAUCGGAGAUGUUUCAGUAUGGAAGGUUGAUCAAGAAAAUCAUCAUAUAUUGCAGAUGAGAUACAAUAUUCCUCUCUCAGUAUCCCAUGGUAAUACAUCGGAAGUAGGAGGAGAUACCGCUGUGAUGUAUAUACUGCCACAACCAAUGGCUGAAAGCAAAAGAGUUCUUCUGAUCUUUAGAGAUGGUGCUAUUGUCUUAUGGGGAGGGGAAGAAAGCAAUGUUAUCUUCAUCACGGGUGGAAAUUUGCUUCAUUCAUUGUCUCCCGAAACAAAAAAAGUUACUUCUGGAUGUUGGGCAUGCCCGUUCGGAAGUAAAGUAGUUGUCGGAUAUAACAAUGGUGAGAUAUUACUCUGGACUAUACCAUCCCUUUCUGAUUCAAAAGGUUCGAGUAACAAAGAUGUAUCUGCAACUCAAAAUGUUCCUAUUUGUAAACUCAACCUUGGGUAUAAGAUGGACAAAAUUCCUAUUUCUUCGUUGAAGUGGAUUUAUGGAGAUGGCACGGCUAGUCGUUUGUACGUCAAUGGAGAAUCUAACUCUGUGACUUCGAAUUUGUUUCAGAUAAUCCUUCUGAAUGAGCACACAGAAUCACGUACAAUCAAACUGACACUUCCGCUGCCGGAAUGUUGUUUAGACAUGCAAAUUGUUUCUAGCACCAGUGACCAAAACAGGCACAAACACGAUUCUCUUAUACUCCUUUUGAAAUCUGGUCAUCUGUGUGCCUAUGAUGAUUCGGCGAUCGAAAGAUAUCUAUUGCAAUUGCACUCCAAGUCAACUCCUUCCCUUCCAAAGCAGGUCAUGAUUAAGCUGCCAUUUGUAGAGCCAAGCAUUACUACAGCAAAACUCAUUACAGAUUGUACAAGUCUUUCUAUGGAUGAGGAUUACAAGUUGGUGGCUAAAAGUUUGCCGUCAUUUCUUCCAGUUGAAACAAAGGAGAAAGAUGGAAAAUGCCUGAGUAGUGGAUUCACAAAGGUUAAAUGUUUGUAUAUAACGGGACAUAGUGAUGGAUCUAUAAAUUUUUGGGAUUUAUCAUGUCCCUUGUUUCUUCCUAUUUCAUCUGUUAAACAGCAGAGUGAGGAUAACCAUUCUGUUACUGGCAUUCCAGUGACAGCAUUGCAUUUUGACCACAGCUCACGAUUGCUUGUUACAGGCGAUCAAGUUGGAAUGGUCCGUAUAUUCAAACUCAAACCUGACCAAAUCUCAAUGGAAAAUAAUCGUCUUUCACUACAAGGAAGUACAAAGAAAAAUAUUAUCCACAGUGUUAAGGUGAUAAAGGUUAAUGGAGCUGUACUUUCUAUAAAUCUAAAGCAGGACUCAAGUCAUCUUGCUGUUGGGUCUGAUCAAGGAUAUAUUUCUAUUAUUGACGUGGAAGGCCCUACAUUACUUUCUCAAAAACAAUUUACCAGUGAACUAUGCACUGGUGUUAUCUCCUCACAGUUUGAAAUCUGCAGCUUUCAUGGUUUUGAGAAAAACGUUUUAUUGGUAGCCACGAAAGACUCAUCAAUUGUGGCGCUUGACAGUGAUAGUGGAAACACAUUAAGUGCCAACACUGUCCAUCCCAAUAAACCUUCUAAAGCCCUGUUCAUGCAGAUUUUAGAUGUAUUGGAUGAUCUGGUAUUGCUCUGCAAUGAGACAUCUAUCUACGUAUAUUCCUUGGUUAAUGCGGUUCAGGGAGUUGAGAAGGUCUUGUACAAGAGAAAAUUCCACGGUAGUACUUGUUGUUGGGCUGCAACAGUGCACGACAACAACUCAAACAUUGCAGUUAUACUUCUGUUUGCAAGUGGAAAAAUUGAAAUAAGGUCUCUUCCAGAAUUAACUCUUCUCAAGGAAACCUCCAUAACAGGUUUGACAAUCUCAAAUUCAAAGCUGAAUUUCAUUUGUUCUUCAUCUGGUGGGGAACUAGUUGUGGUGAAUGGAGAUCAAGAAGUUUUCUUUGUCUCACUUUUACUCCAAAAGGAAAUCUAUAGGAUUUUGGACCAUAUUAGUCUAGUCUACAAGGAGAGAAUGCUAGUUCAGCAAGAAGCACAUGUACCUGUUAUCCAUAAAGAAAAGAAAAAGGGUUUCUUUAGCUCGGUUAUGAAAGGAGGUAAAGCCAAGGCUGAUUCAGAUGUAACAUUUGAGGAACCCAGAGCAAGUGUAGGAGAUGAGCUUAACACUAUAUUUUCGGCAGAAAAUUUUCCUUUAGAUGCUGAGAACAUAGAUCAUGUGGCCGUGGAUAAUGAUGACGCCGAGCUAAGUAUAGAUGAUAUUGAUAUUGAUGGUGAAAUGGAGAAGCCCAAGGGAGGCGUACAUAAUAUGAUUCCAGGACUAAAUACCCAAAAGCUGGCAAGUAGAUUUCAAGCAAUCACAGGAAAACUGAAACAAAAAAUGGUUAAAAACGAAAAAACUCAUGCUACAAUAGAGAAUGAAGCUGGGAAAAGUGGAUCUCCCAGAAAAGAUGAGAAAAGUAGUUCAAUUGAUGAAAUCAAGAAGAGAUACGGUUUUCCUUCCUCUGGUGCAACUAGUGAAGCUAAUAUGGCCCAAAGCAAGCUUCAUAACAAUUUGAGGAAGUUGGACGGUAUCAAUGUGCGAACAACUGAAAUGGAGGAUACUGCUAAAUCAUUCUCGGCUUUGGCAAACGAGGUGUUAAAAACUGCUGAACAUGGUGUUAAAAACUGCUGAACAUGAUAAACGAAGUUCAUAACAGCCCUGGCUUGUCAGUGUGCUUAGGUAAAUUAAAAUUGUGUGAAUUCAAUUUUGUGUCGUUUUGUUUUUUUUAUUGUACAGCUAUCAUUUUUGUGUGGGGAUGUCUGUGCCGUAUGCUCCAUGGGUAGUUUUCUGUUACUUCAUAUUUUCCAUGAACAGUGUGAUUUUUCCACAUUCUAAUAGAAUAAAACGGUCUUCCGCGUGUAUAACGUUAGU